AUGGUGUACAAUUGUUCCACUUUGGCAAGUUCAUGUGCCCAGUGUCAAACACUUGAUCCCAAAUAUGAUUGCGUCUGGUGUAGUGCCGAUACCGACCACGACUGCACAUCAGGCAACGAACCACACAAUUUCGACAACUCAGUCAUAACCACCAUAACGCAGGGCCUGUCGCAGAUGAGUUGUGGAGUGUGUAGGAGCAGCAAGGAAUGCCCUAAGGUGCAAAUAUCGAAGAGAGGUGUCUGUCCUAGACCUGCUAUUUACAAGCUUGAUUCGAAUUCAGAGCAUGAAGGAAUGAAAUGCAAAUUAAGUGUCCAUCAUGGCAUCCUCGACAUCGAUAUGGCAUUGUGUUCUAUGGAGUUUGCUGCCGUUUGUGCUCCUCUUAUGAUAUCAUGUCCAUCUCCUUGUCUUGCUUCUGUUCUCAUGUUUGCUUUGUAA